GUCGUGACCGCAAAUCACAAUUAGCAAGACGAUGGAGCGGCGCAGGUCAUAUGGGUCGAAUGCAAACCCCGCACGGCAUUUCGACUUCUCCGUCAGGGAAGAGUCCCUCAGUGGGCCAAGUUGGUCGUAUGCAUCGUAUGGCCACACGGAGAAACUUCACGUUUCGUGUGAAUCACUCGAUGCAGUUCGAACGACGAUGCAAAAGCCAAAGCACCUCUUGUCGGAAUGGCCAUCGACAGCUAUCAGCGGGAACGACUUGCUCUCCAGCUGCCUGUACUCGGCGGGCAUCGUCGCGUCGAAGGCAGGGAAGCUGUCCCCGAUUCCGACUUUUCUCGUCGUGUGUGUCAUGUACCUUUUCCGGUUCAUCUACAUCGAAGUCGUGAGUGCGAUCCCGCUGAAUGGGGGGUCGUACAAUACGAUGCUCAACACGACGUCCAAGCGGGUUGCGGCGAUGACGGCGGCCCUGGCUGUCAUUGCGUACUUGGCGACGGGGGUCGUCGGAGCAGUGUCCGCUUCCGACUACCUCCGCGCCCAAGUGCCGUCCAUCAACACCGUCGAAAGUGCCAUCGGCAUCUUGUUUGUGUUUGCGGUGUUGAACGUGCUGGGUCUCAGCGAGAGUGCCGUGAUAGCCCUCGCUAUCUUUGUUUUGCACAUUAUGACGCUGUUGGUGCUGAUUGUCGGGUCUGUCAUGUUCACGUUCAAGAACCUCCAAAUCUUGCAUGAAAAUCUACAAACGCCGCUGCCGGACCUCGACGUUUGCGGCACUCUCAUCAAGAGCGACGUGUUCACAGCCAUCUUUUUCGGUUUUAGCUCGGCCAUGUUGGGUGUGACGGGGUUUGAGACUGCGGCCAACUUUGUCGAAGAGCAACAGCCUCGCAUCUUUGGCUCGAUCCUUCGGAACAUGUGGUUUCUGUCAUCGUUUUUCAACUUGUCGCUGUCGAUCUUGAACCUGUGCGUAUUGCCCCUGCUCGGGCCGUCUGGCACGAUCGCCAACAACAAUGUCGUGCUCGCCCUCAUGGCGCGCGAAACCCUCGGGCGGCACUUUGAGCUCUGGAUGACCAUCGACGGAUUCAUCGUGCUGGCAGGGUCCGUCCUCACGUCGUACGUCGGGAUCACGGGUCUCGUUCGCCGACUGGCUUGCGACCGCGUCAUGCCCGAGUUCCUCCUCACGGAAAAUUCAUGUCGUCGCACAAACCACUACAUCAUUUGGCUCUACUUCGUCGUCGCAUCCAGUCUCGUCGUGUGCUUGAACGGCGACAUCGUCAUGCUGUCCAGCGUAUUCUCGUACGCCUUUCUUGGCCUCCUCCUACUCUUCUCGGGCGGCGCCAUCUUGUUCAAGUUGAAGCGAAGCCACAUGCCCCGCGAUACGAGCGCUGCCUGGUGGAAGUGUAUCGUGGCGUUCCUCAUGGUGUUUUGCGGAUUCCUCGGCACCCUGCUCGGGGACCCGAUCGUGUCGGUGGUGUUUGCGCUCUACUUUCUCGUCGUGGGGUCGCUCAUUUUCGUCAUGCUGGAGCGCAUCCUCCUCCUUCGCCUCUGCAUGUUUAUCAUGAAAAGCUUGUGCCCGUCCAAGAAGGACAAGAAGAUUGAAUUGGAUGCGACCAACUUGUCGUCCGAUAGCGAUUUGGACGAGCCGCUCUUGCCUCGAACUGGCGCACUUGGUGGCCGGACGAUUCGAAAGGCUAUUCAAGCCAUCAACGCGCCGCCCGUCGUAUUUUUCCUCAAGCACAUGUCGCUGUCCCUGCUCAACAAGGCCGUGCGGUACAUUCGCGCCAACGAACACACGGAAAACAUCAAGAUCGUCCAUGUGCAUGCCCCGGGCACCCCCGACCCGUUGGGAUUUCCCGAUCUGGUCGGUGUCUUCGACAACAUGUACCCUGAGACCAAGGAAUGCUGGAAAAUAUUGGCAUUCUUGACGACAUGACUAACAACGUCGCACUGUAGAUCGACUACGUUUCGAUUGAAGGCACGUUUGAACCCGCGCUCGUGCAAUGGCUGGCGUCGUACUGGAACAUCUCGACCAACAUGAUGUUCAUUCGGCAACCAGAUAACAUUGACGCCCACAAGGUGUCGCUCUUGGGCGUCCGCGUUAUUGCAAGCUAGAAAGCAAUCUACCCUUCCUAACCUGACAUCCAAUGCCACGUUCGGUUUCCA